AUGUCGGGCAUGCGGGCUCUCUCUCUGAUGUUACACUUGGGACCUACUGGUGUUGUACUCCAUGCUGAUGUGGACCGCGAAGCUGCUCUCCGGGUUACCAGCAUUCCACAGCCUAAGGUUGAAGACUCUCUGGAUGCCGUAGAUUUCUUGCAACUUGUGGACGAUGUCGACCAAAAGA